AGGUAUCUGAUCAACGUCACUUUUGAGGGGAGGAAUCUGUCCUUCAGUGAAGAUGGUUACCAGAUGCACCCAAAACUGGUGAUAAUUCUUCUGAACAAGGAGAGGAAGUGGGAAAGGGUGGGGAAGUGGAAAGACAAGUCCCUGCAGAUGAAGUACUAUGUGUGGCCCCGAAUGUGUCCAGAGACUGAAGAGCAGGAAGAUGACCAUCUGAGCAUUGUGACUCUGGAGGAGGCACCAUUUGUCAUUGUGGAAAGUGUGGACCCUCUGAGUGGAACCUGCAUGAGGAACACAGUCCCCUGCCAAAAACGCAUAAUCACUGAGAAUAAAACAGAUGAGGAGCCGGGUUACAUCAAAAAAUGCUGCAAGGGGUUCUGUAUCGACAUCCUUAAGAAAAUUUCUAAAUCUGUGAAGUUCACCUAUGACCUUUACCUGGUUACCAAUGGCAAGCAUGGGAAGAAAAUCAAUGGAACCUGGAAUGGUAUGAUUGGAGAGGUGGUCAUGAAGAGGGCCUACAUGGCGGUGGGCUCACUCACCAUCAAUGAGGAACGAUCGGAGGUGGUCGACUUCUCUGUGCCCUUCAUAGAGACAGGCAUCAGUGUCAUGGUGUCACGCAGCAAUGGGACUGUCUCACCUUCUGCCUUCUUAGAGCCAUUCAGUGCUGACGUAUGGGUGAUGAUGUUUGUGAUGCUGCUCAUCGUCUCAGCCGUGGCUGUCUUUGUCUUUGAGUACUUCAGCCCUGUGGGUUAUAACAGGUGCCUCGCUGAUGGCAGAGAGCCUGGUGGCCCCUCUUUCACCAUCGGCAAAGCUAUUUGGUUACUCUGGGGUCUGGUGUUUAACAACUCCGUACCUGUACAGAACCCAAAGGGGACCACCUCCAAGAUCAUGGUGUCAGUGUGGGCCUUCUUUGCUGUCAUCUUCCUGGCCAGCUACACUGCCAACUUAGCUGCCUUCAUGAUCCAAGAGGAAUAUGUGGACCAGGUUUCUGGCCUGAGCGACAAAAAGUUCCAGAGACCUAAUGACUUCUCACCCCCUUUCCGCUUUGGGACCGUGCCCAACGGCAGCACAGAGAGAAAUAUUCGCAAUAACUAUGCAGAAAUGCAUGCCUACAUGGGAAAGUUCAACCAGAGGGGUGUAGAUGAUGCAUUGCUCUCCCUGAAAACAGGGAAACUGGAUGCCUUCAUCUAUGAUGCAGCAGUGCUGAACUAUAUGGCAGGCAGAGAUGAAGGCUGCAAGCUGGUGACCAUUGGCAGUGGGAAGGUCUUUGCUUCCACUGGCUAUGGCAUUGCCAUCCAAAAAGAUUCUGGGUGGAAGCGCCAGGUGGACCUUGCUAUCCUGCAGCUCUUUGGAGAUGGGGAGAUGGAAGAACUGGAAGCUCUCUGGCUCACUGGCAUUUGUCACAAUGAGAAGAAUGAGGUCAUGAGCAGCCAGCUGGACAUUGACAACAUGGCAGGGGUCUUCUACAUGUUGGGGGCGGCCAUGGCUCUCAGCCUCAUCACCUUCAUCUGCGAACACCUUUUCUAUUGGCAGUUCCGACAUUGCUUUAUGGGUGUCUGUUCUGGCAAGCCUGGCAUGGUCUUCUCCAUCAGCAGAGGCAUCUACAGCUGCAUCCAUGGGGUGGCGAUCGAGGAGCGCCAAUCCGUAAUGAACUCCCCCACCGCAACCAUGAACAACACACACUCCAACAUCCUGCGCCUGCUGCGCACAGCCAAGAACAUGGCUAACCUGUCUGGUGUGAACGGCUCCCCGCAGAGCGCCCUGGACUUCAUCCGACGGGAGUCAUCUGUCUAUGACAUCUCGGAGCAUCGCCGCAGCUUCACACAUUCUGACUGCAAAUCCUACAACAACCCGCCCUGUGAGGAGAACCUCUUCAGUGACUACAUCAGUGAGGUGGAGAGAACGUUCGGGAACCUGCAGCUGAAGGACAGCAACGUGUACCAAGAUCACUACCACCAUCACCACCGGCCCCAUAGCAUCGGCAGUGCCAGCUCCAUCGAUGGCCUCUACGACUGUGACAACCCACCCUUCACCACCCAGUCCAGGUCCAUCAGCAAGAAGCCCCUGGACAUCGGCCUCCCCUCCUCCAAGCACAGCCAGCUCAGUGACCUGUACGGCAAAUUCUCCUUCAAGAGCGACCGCUACAGUGGCCACGAUGACUUGAUCCGCUCCGAUGUCUCUGACAUCUCAACCCACACCGUCACCUACGGGAACAUCGAGGGCAAUGCCGCCAAGAGGCGUAAGCAGCAAUAUAAGGACAGCCUGAAGAAGCGGCCCGCCUCGGCCAAGUCCCGCAGGGAGUUUGACGAGAUCGAGCUGGCCUACCGUCGCCGACCGCCCCGCUCCCCUGACCACAAGCGCUACUUCAGGGACAAGGAAGGGCUACGGGACUUCUACCUGGACCAGUUCCGAACAAAGGAGAACUCACCCCACUGGGAGCACGUGGACCUGACCGACAUCUACAAGGAGCGGAGUGACGACUUUAAGCGCGACUCGGUCAGCGGAGGAGGGCCCUGUACCAACAGGUCCCACAUCAAGCACGGGGCAGGUGACAAACACGGCGUGGUCAGUGGGGUACCUGCACCGUGGGAGAAGAACCUGACCAACGUGGAGUGGGAGGACCGGUCCGGGGGCAACUUCUGCCGCAGCUGUCCCUCCAAGCUGCACAACUACUCCACGACGGUGACGGGUCAGAACUCGGGCAGGCAGGCGUGCAUCCGGUGCGAGGCUUGCAAGAAAGCAGGCAACCUGUAUGACAUCAGCGAGGACAACUCCCUGCAGGAACUGGACCAGCCGGCUGCCCCGGUGGCGGUGACGUCAAACGCCUCCACCACUAAGUAUCCUCAGAGCCCGACUAAUUCCAAGGCCCAGAAGAAGACCCGGAACAAACUGCGCCGGCAACACUCCUACGACACCUUCGUGGACCUGCAGAAGGAAGAAGCCGCUCUGGCCCCGCGCAGCGUAAGCCUGAAAGACAAGGGCCGAUUCAUGGAUGGGAGCCCCUACGCCCACAUGUUUGAGAUGUCAGCUGGCGAGAGCACCUUUGCCAACAACAAGUCCUCAGUGCCCACUGCCGGACAUCACCACCACAACAACCCCGGCGGCGGCUACAUGCUCAGCAAGUCGCUCUACCCUGACCGGGUCACGCAAAACCCUUUCAUCCCCACUUUUGGGGACGACCAGUGCUUGCUCCAUGGCAGCAAAUCCUACUUCUUCAGGCAGCCCACGGUGGCGGGGGCGUCGAAAGCCAGGCCGGACUUCCGGGCCCUUGUCACCAACAAGCCGGUGGUCUCGGCCCUUCAUGGGGCCGUGCCAGCCCGUUUCCAGAAGGACAUCUGUAUAGGGAACCAGUCCAACCCCUGUGUGCCUAACAACAAAAACCCCAGGGCUUUCAAUGGCUCCAGCAAUGGGCAUGUUUAUGAGAAACUUUCUAGUAUUGAGUCUGAUGUCUGAGUGAGGGAACAGAGAGGUUAAGGUGGGUACGGGAGGGUAAGGCUGUGGGUCGUGUGAUGCGCAUGUCACGGAGGGUGACGGGGGUGAACUUGGUUCCCAUUUGCUCCUUUCUUGUUGUUUUAAUUUAUUUAUGGGAUCCUGGAGUUCUGGUUCCUACUGAGGGCAACCCCGGUGACCAGCACCAUCUCCCCUCCUUUUCACAGUUCUCUCCUUCUUCCACCCCUAUCAGCCAUUCCUGUUCCCAUGAGAUGAUGCCAUGGGCCCUCUCAGCAGGGGAGGGUAGAGCGGAGAAAGGAAGGGCUGCAUGCGAGCUUCCUCCUGGUGUGGAAGAGCUCCUUGACAUCCUCUUUGAGUGAAGCCAGGAGAACCAAAAAGAGGCUAUGUGAGCACAAAGGUAGCUUUUCCCAAAACUGAUCUUUUCAUUUAGGUGAGGAAGCAAAAGCAUUACGUGAGACUAUUUAGCACACUGCUUGUGAAAAGAAAGAGGCUCUGGCUAAAUUCAUGCUGCUUAGAUGACAUCUGUCUAGGAAUCGUGUGCCAAGCAGAGGUUGGGAGGCCAUGUGUGUUUAUAUAUAAGCCAAAAAAUGCUUGCUUCAACCCCAUGAGACUCCAUAGUGGUGGUGAACAGGAACAAAAGGUCAUUGGUGGCGGAGCGGAUUCUUGAACAAACUAGAAAGCACGUUAUGAUAGUGUCCCACAGUGCCUUGGAGGCAAGAGCAGGUGGAUUGUGCAUGCAUGUGUGUUCAUGCACACUUGCACCCACAUGUAGUCGGGUGCCUCAAGAGAAGGCAACCUUGACUCUUUCUGUUGUUUCUUUCAAUAUCCCCAAGCAGUGUGAUUGUUUGGCUUAUAUACAGACAGAGAUGGCCAUGUGUUACCUGAAUUUUGGCUGUGUCUCCCUUCAUCCUUCUUGAAUAAGGAGAAUGAAAAUUCUUUAUAAAGAAGAAUCCGUGGUCUAGACAAAAAAAAGAUGGUGAGCAAUCCUGCAAGAGCAAGGUACAAAAACAAGUCCUCAGUGGUUGGCAAUUUUUUCAACCAGUUUGAACCAAGAACCUUCCAGGAAGGCUAAAGGGAAACAGAAUUUUCACAGCCACGAUUCUUUUGCCCACACUUGAGAGCAAAAGAUUCUACAAAGCUCUUUUGAGUAUUUAGACUGUCGACUGGCCAAGGUUUGGGGAGGAGCAAAGCCACCUUUGAAGUAGUAAGGAGUCGUGUAUGGUAGGGUAAGUGAGAGAGGGGGAUGUUUCCAAUGCUUUGAUCCCUUCUUACUUAACCUGAAUCUAGAAGAGCAGGCUUCUUCCCCCAAAACUGAUUACAACUGCUGUGGAGCAGACAGUUAAGAGAAAUGAACUUGACAAUUAAGAGAAAUGAGCUGCACUCCAUGAGUGUAGCUCAGGAGGUACGAAGAGAGGGGAAGAGACUUGGCAAUGGGAGAGGGGGGCAGAGAGGGAUCCUCCACAACCUCUUUGGGCCUGGCUCCCUGGGAAUGUGACUUGAGCCCAGAGUGAACACUCUUGGUAGAAGCCCUUCCACCUUCCUGCAACACCUUGUUUCCCUCUCAGAUUGUACCAUUGAG